GCUCCAGUUCUCCCUCCUGGAGUUCAUCCUGGCCAUGGGCCUCUUCUUGGUGCUGGUCCUGGAGCAAGUGGCUCUGGCCCAACAGGAGCUCCCUGGGGCGGCCGAGGAGACCCGGGCCUUGCUCCCCACCUCCAUCCAAGCACCACCACCAUCCUCCUCCUCACCAUCCUCAUCCUGCUCCUCACCCCUCAUCCCGGGGGGGGCCAUCCGUGCCGGGCUGUUAGUCCUGGCCUUGGCUCUUCACUCGGUGUUGGAGGGGUUGGCGUUGGGCCUACAGGAAGGAGAAGGGGGGGUUUGGAGGGUCUGCUUGGCUUUGCUCCUCCAUAAAAGCGCCGUGGCCUUCAGCCUCGCCCUGGAGCUCCUGGGGGGCCGCCUGCGCCCGCCGGCGGUGGCCGCUUCCCUCUUCCUCUUCUCCCUCAUGUCCCCUUUGGGGGUGGCUUUGGGGACGGCGGCGGUGGCCACGGGCGCGGGGCCCAGGCAGAGGUUGUGCCGGGGGGUUUUGGAAGGGUUGGCGGCCGGCACUUUUCUCUACAUCACUUUUUUGGAGAUUUUACCCCAAGAAUUGGGGGUGCCCCGGCACCGCAUCCCCAAAGUCAUCCUCCUCCUGGCCGGCUUCGCCCUCGUCACCGGCAUCCUCUUCAUCAAGAUCUGAGGUGCCCCCCCUGCCACCUCCGACACCCUCCCCCCGGCCUUCCUCCCCCAAAAAAGGGGGGGGACGGCAGGGUUGGGACGGUGAGAGAAGGUUGGGAGGUGGAGGGGGGACACAAGACACCCCCCUGAUCCCCCCCCCACCCUUCC